CGAUAAAAAAAAAAAAAAAAGAACUUGAAGGUCUAGUAGGACAACAUUAUUCUAACCUUUAUUUAAAUUAGCAGUAAUUGGCAUGUGAUCGUGGAUGAUGGACGUUGUAAACAACGAUGAAUUAAUAUUUGCAUCUCUGUUGAUAUUAUUACAAGACAAAAUUGAUUUAAAUACAUUAAAAUAUGAAAAUACUUGAAUACAAAAUAAUUGAAUAGAAUUUAAACGUCAUGAAGAGAUAUUGGAUAACGUGUAUUGUUGCAAGCAAUAUCAUUCAACAUUUAUGUAUAAUGAUUUCAGAUAUAUUCUCAUUUGAAAUAUAAUAUUCUUAUUUUGUUAUUGUUUUGAUGUAUACAUAAACAAAUUAAUUUAUUCAUAGUAAUAUAUUUUUGUAUAAUCAGAAAAAUGUGUGAAAACACACACGUUAAAGAACAAUGGCAACUUCUACAAAACCUCAGAUUUACCGUGGAAGGGUUACUUAUUGAUGGUAUAGCAAAUGUAUGGAAUGUUUAUGGUGGUUUAAAUAGAUUACACAAUGCAAUGGAACAAAUCUUCAAACAUGGCUUUCGUAUAUUUAAUUCUAAUGGUGAACCGAAUUGUUGGAUUUUUAUUCAAGGAUUAAAUUGGCUUCAACCGUCAUUAGUGUCAUCACCCAUAAUAUCUGAAAAUGAAGAUUAUUUUUCUAAUUUACCAACCAAAAUCAUUUCUCGGAAAGAUAUGUUAUGGCUGUACAAAAGUUUAGAAAAUCAUAGCUUAUCUCACAAACUAUCUUGGCUUUUAUCCGAUAAGGAACAUUUACUUUCCUGUCUGGAACCAUGGGCUUUCUUGUGUCAAGAAAAAUUAGCCGAAGCUACUUUGAUUUGUUUAAGAGCAGUAGAAAGAAACCAACCAAUACUUCUAACAGAGAUCGAUCCAUGUUUAUUUCAACCAAAUUGGGUCUCUUCUAAUUUAAGUCCUAAAAGACAUAAACGUUCCUCAUCUUAUCCUGCAAACUUUUGUUCUACGACUUUGGGUAUACUUAGAGAAAGGAAACUACAUAUUCAAACAAAUGGUCAGUUAUCGUAUACAAAUAGAAGUGUUAAAAACACAGCGUCUCAACAUAAUCAAGAUAUUAAUAAUAAAAGCAAUAUAAAUAAGAAUGAUAAAGUUUAUGAUAUUUCUUUGAAAACUUGGAGUAGUCUUCCAACAUUAGAGGAUUCUCAUAACAGUUCUUCAGAAACUGUUUUAAACUCUACCAAAAAUCCAUGUGUGCACAAAACUGUUAAGAUUCAAACACCUUCCGUUGAGUUGUCAAAAAUAAUUCACAUUAAUUACUCGGAUGUUAAACAAUCAAUGAAUUCGUCAAGUGAAAAAGUAGCAACUAAACCAAAGACUCCUACAAGAAAAAUGAGAAACAAAAUAAAAAUAGCGCAAGAGAAUAAAAGAAUGUUAAAUACUUCUAGCGGAAGUAGCAGUACUUUAAAUUAUGAAGAUUCGAUAAGAGGGGUCGUUGAAGAACAUUGUAUUUCGUCAGAAACCACAGAUGGAGUAAAUUUAAGGAAACAUGGAACGAAUGGUGGUAUCAAAAUAAACCGAAAAUUUAAAAAGAUAAGUUCAUUUUUACCAAGAUCUGCACCGGAGUUUUCUAAUUCGUGGUCAGUUGAAAUAGAAGGACAAAAGGAUAUUAGAACGCCAAAGAAAAGUUUUAUGGAGGAUGGUGGGAGUAGUGUUCAACCGAUGGCUACAGGAUUUUUUCCAAGGCCUAUAGAAGGACAAAGCUUGACAAGUUUUUUGUCAUCGGCACAAUUUUCUAAAGCUAAUGCUGAAUUAGAUAGGGAAAAUGCACAUUUUAGUAUUUCCGAAGCUAUGAUAGCUGCUAUUGAACAAAUCAAAUGUAACAGACAAUGGUGUCUUGUGGAUGAAACCGUUGAAGAUAGCGAUGAAGAAAUUAAUAAUCUUAAACAAAGAAUACGAAUUAGACGACGUCAGCGUCAAGAAGAACGAUGUAGAGGAAGAACAUGGAAUCGUGAUAUAUUCAGCGAUGGCAAGACUGAUACAACAACUACAGAUCAAAGCGUGAGUCCUUUAUCAACUUCUUCUAAUACUCCAUCUGAUAGUAUUUCAACGGAUGAUGUAGAAGAUAUAGAAGUAGAUAAUGCAAAUAUGACUAAAUUGAACAAUUCUGGAAUAUCUGCAUCUAUGGCUUCGCUAUAUUCUGAUGCUGAUUUACAUCAAUUUAAGCAAGGUUUAGAAUUGUCGCAAAAUGAAAGUAUUAUAUCUGCAGAAGGUGUAGCAUUGUCGCUUAUUAGUAGAUUUAGUGAAAAGCAGUUACCACGAGCAAGCGAAUUGCAAUGGCUUGUUUCUGAAAAAGAUGCUCCACAACGAUUAUUACCUCUACCAAAAAGUUGGCCUGUUAGUCCGGAUGAAGUUGAAAAGGAAGAUUCUAUUCAAUUACGUGGAACUGUAGAAUGGGCUCCACCCAGACCACAGAUUAUAUUUACUCCACAUCCUCCACCUAUCAGACGAACUUUAAUAGCUAAACAGAAUUAUAGAUGUGCAGGUUGUGGUAUGAAAGUUGCAGUUAAAUAUUCUAACAAGUUUCGAUAUUGCGAAUACUUGGGUAGAUAUUUUUGUACUGGCUGUCAUACGAAUCAAGUUGCUCUAAUACCAGGAAAAAUAUUAUCUAAAUGGGAUUUUAAUAGGUAUCCUGUGUCUAACUUUUCAUACAGAUUAUUAGACCAAAUGAUGCUUGAUCCAUUGUUUCAAAUUCAAGAUUUAAAUGUUUCAUUGUACAGACGUAUAAAACAAUUAGAAAGAACAAGAAUAUUACGCACGAAGUUAUAUUUCCUUAAAGAUUUUUUGUAUACUUGCCGAUUUGCAGCGAACGUUCAAGAUAUUUUAAAGAAAGAGCCAAAUUAUAUUAUAAAUGAUCCACAUAUAUACUCUAUACAAGAUCUUAUGUACGUUAAGCUUGGAAUAUUACCCAUGCAAUUACAAGAAUUGAUCGAAGUGUGUAAUGCUCAUGUUACCGCUUGUGAGUUAUGUCAAGCAAGAGGAUUUGUAUGCGAAAUAUGUUACUCCAAAGACGUGAUAUUUCCAUGGGAAUUGUCCAAAAUUACCCGAUGUGAAAUUUGUGGAGCUUGUUUCCAUAAUGAAUGUAAAACAACGUUUAAUAAAUUAGAAUGUAAACGUUGUGAUCGUUUGCAAGCUAGAAGAGUAUCAAGACAAGAAGCACUUUGACAAAAGGUAAGAAUUUCUUCUGUUAUAGAAAAAACAUCGAUUAAAUUAGAAUGUAAACGAUAAGAAAGAUUUUGUGAAAAGUUUUUAAAUUAUAUGUGAAUUCAAAUUUUUUAUUAUUUAUAAUUUAUAUAUAUAUAUAUAUAUUCUUCAAAAUAUGUGUUUUGUCUCUCUAUAGUCAUAAUCAAUUACAAUUAGUAUUUUCAAAUCUCAGUAUCAACGUAUAAACAUUACACACAUGGUUCCUUUUAAUCAUUAGCCAUUCAUUUAGUAUUAAUAUAAUAUACGAAAAAAUGUUAACGAUGCUAGGUACUUGGAUAUAUAAUUAAUAACAAUAUUAUAAAAUACCUAUGACAUAUAUUAUAUGGUUAGCGUUUAGAAUGUAUCUUAAUUUUGAUAGAACUGUUUUAUUUUUCAGUUAUUAUUUUAAUAAUAAUUUGCUCUAAAUUAUGAACUGUUGAAUAAAACAUUUGUUCUAUGUUAAGAAAACAUUUUAAAUGCAUACCAUUAGGUGGUAUGGUAAGACUGACAAAAUUGUGAUAUACAAUACUAAUUUUCUCAAUUAUAUAUAAUUUUUAUUUAAAUAAAUAAAUUGUAUAUAUAUAAGGAAAGAUGUAUCUUUUUGCUAGCAAUUGUUACCAUAAUAGAAGAAAAAAAGAAAUGUUAUAAGAAUUAUUGAAGAAAAUGUUUAAGAGAGAGAGAGAGAGAGAGAG